AAUCACUAGGCUUAUCAGAGCUAUAUUCUUAUGCAAUCGAGCAAGACCAUUCUCCAUCACUUGAAGAGACUUCCCAAGACAAACGUCAGAGUCCUCAAAAGGCCAGCAACUCUAUCUACUCCAAGACGCUUCCAUAACAUGGCACUCUUCCCUCGUCUCUCUGCAGGUGAUUUCACCCCACUUUUCCACCUCUUGGACGAUUACGACCACCACCGAUCUUCCACCGCACGCAAAGCCAACGCCUCUUCAUUCCGAUCUUUUUCCCCAAGCUUUGACGUCCGUGAAGUUGACAACUUAUACCUCCUUGAUGGCGAGCUUCCCGGUGUAAAACAGAAAGACAUUGAGAUUGAAUUCGCCGAUGAACAUACAUUGGUGAUCAAGGGCCGCUCUCACCGUGACUACACUGAGACAAAUGAAAAUGAGGUGGCAGACGAGACCGAAUCUACCAAGAGCUCUCACCAGCCUACCGUCGAAGACGAAGAUGCAUCCACUCCUUCAUCACUAGCCGAGACGCCGGCUGAAUCUACAGCUGUUAUCAAGCAAAACUCGAAUUCGAAGGCUGUUGACAAGAAACCUGCCUACAAAUACUGGGUCACCGAGCGCUCGGUCGGAGAGUUUCGACGUUCCUUUUCCUUCCCGGCCCGCGUGAACCAAGAUGCGGUACGGGCUAGCUUGAAAGACGGAAUCUUGCACAUCGUUGUCCCAAAGGCGGCUGCUCCCACGUUGAAGAAAAUCCAAAUCGAAUGAGCGACACCGUUUCUUCUUCACCUUGCCGAUGCAAAUGACGACAUCUGUUUUCAUCUUUUUUAAUGUGAUUGUGUGACGGGCACCUUCUGACCCGGCCCUGGGGCUUGAUGUGACUCUACUUGGGACUCGUAGCUGGCGUUUUCGAUUUCUCUUUGUUUGGUCAAAUGUAUCAUUACUAUGGAUUAGCACUACUAAUUGCCACACUGUUGCUUUGUCAUUAGUACAGAGUAGUGUGUUGAAUUAAUAUCAUAUAUUUAAAGGC